CCACCACCACCGCGAACACACAUCCAUUUCCUCGCUUCUCUCUUUGGUGGGGGGGAAACACACCCUUUCCGUCUGUGUAUAUGUCGUGAACCCUUCAUUGGCUUCCACCAUCACCGUCCAUCAUCGCCAUUGACACGCGGAGCGCGAUUGACGACUGACAACCGCUCUACAGCUGUCAGGUACCAUAAUAGAGUCUAAUCACCUUCCCACUUCAUCACCAUCGCCAUCGCCUUUCACCUUUAUCAUUGGCCUCCUCUACCCUCUUCUCUUCUCUCUCUCCUCUCCACGCCGUGUCCUUUUACUGUCUUCUCCUCCUCAUCGUCUUCGUCCACUCAAUUCGCGUGUGGGUCUACUCACGCAUCGAGCACGACCUCCAUCACCACCCUCACCACCCGACAUGGUGUCUUCGCUCACCUCCGCUCUGGUCGCGGCCUUGCUGCCGGCCACGGCGGUCUUCGCGCAGACCAACCCUGGCGCGCAGACCAACCAGACCUCGCCGCCGCGAUACCCAUCUCCAUGGUCGUCCGGUCUGGGCGACUGGGCCGACGCGCACGCCCGCGCCGUCGCCUUCGUAUCGCAAUUGACCCUCACCGAAAAGGUCAACCUCACCACCGGCGUCGGUUGGGAAGGUGAAAAGUGUGUCGGCAACAAUGGCGCCAUCCCGCGUCUCGGUUUCAAGGCGCUCUGUAUGCAGGACUCGCCGCUCGGUGUGCGCUUCGCCGACUUCUCCUCCGCAUACCCGGCCGGUGUGACCAUCGCCGCCACCUGGGAUCGCGAACUCUUCCGUCGCCGGGGACACGACAUGGGGACCGAGCACAGGCGCAAGGGUGUCGAUGUCCAACUCGGUCCGGUCGUCGGUCCCAUCGGCCGUUCUCCCGAAGGCGGUCGCAACUGGGAAGGUUUCUCACCGGACCCGGUUCUCUCUGGGAUCGCCGUCGCCGAGACCGUCAAGGGUAUCCAAGGGGCGGGCGUCAUUGCCUGCACCAAGCAUUUCAUCGGCAACGAGCAGGAGCACUACCGUCAGGGCCCUCCUCCCGGUUACCUCAAGGCGGCCAUCAGCUCCAACAUCGACGACGUCACCAUGCACGAGCUGUACAUGUGGCCGUUCGCCGACGCUGUCCGCGCCGGUACCGGUUCCAUCAUGUGCUCGUACAACCAGGUCAACAACAGCUAUGCCUGCCAGAACAGCUACAUGCAGAACGAACUCUUGAAGAACGAGCUAGGUUUCCAGGGUUUCAUCAUGAGCGAUUGGCAAGCGCAACACUCCGGCGUCAGCAGCGCGCUCGCGGGUUUGGACAUGACCAUGCCUGGUGAUGUCACCUUUGACAGCCGCACAUCCUACUGGGGCGCUAACUUGACCAUUGCCGUGCUCAACGGCACUGUCCCGCAAUGGCGUCUCGACGACAUGGCUGUCCGGAUCGUUGCCGCUUGGUACUACGUCGAUCGCGAAUCCAACCAAGUCCCCGAUGCCCCCAACUUCUCCUCGUGGACGACCGACACCUUUGGAUUCCGUCAUGCCUUUGCCCAAGAGCGAUACGAAUUGGUCAACCACCACGUCGACACCUACAGCGAUCACGUCGAUGACAUCCGCGAGUUCGCCGCCAAGGGAACCGUGCUCCUGAAGAAUACCAACAACGCCCUGCCGUUGACCGGCAAGGAGCAAUUGACCGCCGUCUUCGGCUCUGACGCCGGUGAGGCCCAAUACGGCCCCAACGGAUGCUCCGACCGCGGCUGUGACAACGGAACCCUCGCCAUGGGUUGGGGAAGUGGAACCGCCAACUUCCCAUACCUCGUCACUCCCCUCGAAGCCAUCAAGACCGAGGCGCUCCAAAACCGCAAGGCUGUCGAGAGCGUUCUUGACGACUACGCCUACUCUCAGGCCUCGGCGCUCGCUCGUCGUGCUGCUGAGGUUGACGGCGUCUGCUUGGUCUUUGCCAACUCUGAUGGUGGUGAGGGUUACAUCAUCGUCGACGGCAAUGAAGGUGAUCGUAACAACUUGACUCUUUGGCACGAUGGAGAUACCUUGAUCAAGAAGGUCGCGGAUGCAUGCAACAACACUGUCGUGGUGCUCCACACCAUCGGUCCCGUCCUUCUCACUGCUUGGUACGACCACCCGAAUGUCACCGCCAUCGUCUGGGCAGGUCUCCCAGGCCAAGAGUCGGGCAAUGCUUUGACUGAUGUCCUCUACGGUCGCGUCAACCCUGCCGCCAAGUCUCCCUUCACCUGGGGUGCCACCCGCGAGUCUUACGGCACCGAUUUGAUCUACACCCCCAACAACGGCGUCAACGCUCCCCAGGACAACUUUGUCGAGGGUGUCUUCAUCGACUACCGCGCGUUUGACAAGUCCAACACCUCUCCAAUUUACGAGUUUGGUUAUGGUCUCUCCUACACCACCUUCUCUUACUCGAACCUCCAGAUCAAUGCUCACCCGGUGCCGGCCUACACCCCCAGCUCUGCCCGCACCGCUCCGGCUCCGACCUAUGGCACCAUCAACAACUCCUCCGCUGCCUACCUCUUCCCGGCGGACUUCCCGGGCAAGAUCAACGCCUAUGUCUACCCGUUCUUGAACUCCACCGACCUCGCUGCCUCCUCCGGUGACCCGAACUACGGCGUCGCUUACAGCUGGCCCGACAAGUCAUACGAUUCCUCCGCCCAGCCGAUCCUGGCCGCUGGCUCAUCCGUUGCCCCCGGUGGCAACGAGCGCCUCUACGACGUCCUCUUCACCGUCUCGGCCACCGUGACCAACACCGGCAGCAAGUACUCCGGCGACGAGGUCGCCCAAGUCUACGUUUCCCUCGGCGGACCCAACGACCCCAAGGUCGUGCUCCGCGGCUUCGAGAAAGUGCGCGACAUCGCCCCCGGCGCCAGCGCGACCUUCUCCGUGGACAUCACCCGCCGCGACGUCUCCAACUGGGACACCGUCAGCCAGAACUGGGUCAUCUCCUCGUACCCCAAGACCGUUUACGUCGGUUCCAGCUCGCGCAAGUUGCCGCUCAGCGGAGCCCUCGUCUUCGGCGCUCCCUCGACUGGUGGUGGCGGAAACAAUGGUGGAGGCUACACCCAUGGUAGCGGCGGCGCUCCCUCUUCGACCGGAGCCUCCACCGGCGGAGCAGUCCACCCCACCGGCUACACCACCCCCGUCCAUCCCACCGGCUACACCUCCCCAGCCCACCCAACAACCGGCACUGGCAAGCCCUCAACCAUGAAGACCGCUUCCUCCGGCCACGGCAGCGGUCCCGCCACCCAUCCCUCCAAAUCCGCCCCUCAUCCUCACCCCCACAGCCCCAAACCUCACCACUCCUCCCCCUCCCCCGCAGCUUCCGCCAACCCCGAGACCCACCCUCAUCCUCCUCCGCCAUACCACACCAAGCCUUCCGCAACGACCACGACCUCUUGCGCGCCUACGGCUCCGGGAGGGUAUGCUCCACCUCCGCCUCCGCCACCACCGGCCGAAAAACCCAGCGGUUACGCCCAGCCUCCUCCCCCGGCUCCUAACCAUUACGCUUGAAGAAUGAGGAAUAAGAACGGGGAUGGACAUGGACAUGGACAUGGAACGGACAU